CGUGAUGGGGAAAAUCCCAGAUGCUGAUGAUGAUGACGGCUUCAAUGGCGGUUUAACUUUUUUCCUUCUUAUGUAUGUAUAUAUAUACAGCUCAAAUCCCCCGGUACUGCGGGGAAAUUUUCUCCUGUUCUUUGGGAGACCAAACUUCUGGACCGAAAGAAUUCACAAUUACUCAGAUUGUUGCAAAAAGGGAGGAAAUUCCAGCUUCAUCUUCGUCGUACAAAAAUGCCACAACAGGAGGAUUGGGCGACCUCGACGUCUCAACGGCCGUCCCUGAGCGGCGAGUCCAUGAAAACCUUGUCGGAGAGACUGUCUAAGCUCGAUAAUCUUUACUUCCCUCGCGCUGUGCAACCCUCCGCCACUACCUCCGCCCAACGCCAAUCGAUCCUAUUUGACCUCCUCUCUCGCGACGCCGCCGUUUUCUUAGAGAGGUAUGGAUCAGAAUUAACUUCCGAGGAGCUUGGGGAAUUUGACGUUUUAAAAGGUGAUUAUGAGAUCAAUUGGCACUUGAGACAUCUAAGAAGUGUGCUUAGUCCCACGGUGGAGCAACUGAAGUCCAGGUCAGCCACGGUUAAAAAUAGAAGGCGGGCGUAUUUGGAUAAACUAGUUAGUGAUGGGCAGUAUUUUUCAGAGGAUGCAAUGAGGGAAAGAGAGCCUUACUUGCACCAUGAGCUUCUUGGGAAGUUUCAGGAUCCCAGUGGCAGAAGUAUGGCUAGACCUGGGGAGCGGUGGUCUGAGACCUUAAUGAGGCGGUCCGAGGAGGCAAUGCUUGUGCAGAAGAUCAGGGGCGAGCAGCAGCUCCGCGGUGUGGCUGAAGAAGAUUGGGUAGGUAACGAGAGACCGCAAGAGGAAGAGGUGGAGGAGGUAGAAUCUGAAGAAAUGGAGGUAGAAUCUGAUGAAGAAGAAUCAGAGGAAGAAGAGCAAUGCAAAAAGUUUGAGAAACGCAAUAUGAAGUCUCACAUUGAUGGGGCCUCACAAUCUCAGGAGGGAAUGAAGGAAGACCAAGGUGCUGCAUCAUCUGUCCGUAAUAGUCAACAAGCCACAAUCGGGCAACCCCCGGAGCAGGAAAGUUUAUCUUUAGAAGAGAUGCAAGAUCGCAUGGAUCAUUUUACCUUCAUUAUGCAACAGAAGUUUUUAUCAGGGGAAGAUCAUCAGUACAUGGAUUACUCGAAGAUUGACGAGAAUGAGAGCUUAGAUGAUCACUGGAUGAGAGAAUUAAAUGGUGAUGCUGAGGAGAAGUACUUUGAUGAUGAUUGAUAGGGUGCAUAUUUUGAUGAGGAUUUGGCUUCUGUGUUUCUAUGCACUGGAUUGUAAUUCAUAAUUUUGUUUGAUCUCCAUUUCGAACUUUAGAAAAUCAAUACUAAAAUAUUCAUCCAGGAAUUAUGCAAUCUUGUCUCCAUAAAUAGUGCUACUUUAGUUUUCGAAAUCGAUUCUGAUGAGAUUUUUGUAUCAACAUUGUAAGGAUCUUAAUGAGUAAGAAAUAUUCCGAGUC